GUGAGAGUCUUUCACUUCCUCCCAUUUGGACGACGAGGGAAAUCAGCUGAGACAAGGGAGGGUGGCCAUUCUGGAAAGCGUCACACUAGAGAGUUCACUACCAUUUUCCAUAACUGGAUCUUGGGAAUUCGCAACUCUCUUUGUGCUCGUUCUCUUUCAGGCCUCGACAUCACCACUAACAAGCUCCCCCUCUCCGACCGCCGCGCCAUCCCCCACCAUCUUCUCGGCGACUUCGAUCCUCUCGCCGGCGAAGUCUCCGCAUCAGCAUUCCGCUCCCACGCCGCGGCCGUUAUCUCCAGCGUAAUCUCCCGAGGGAACCUUCCUCUCGUCGUCGGCGGUUCCAACUCCUUCAUUCACGCGCUUGUCGCGGCGGAUUUCGAUCCAACCCACGACGUCUUCGGAUACUCUCGGAAUCGGGUGUCUACGGAGUUCCGGUACCGGUGCUGCUUUCUGUGGGUGGACGUGUCGUUUCCGGUUCUGAAACGGUACUUGUCGAAGCGGGUUGACGAGAUGUUAGAGGCCGGGAUGGUAAGGGAGUUGGCGGAGUUUUACGACCCGGAAAUUGCCGAUUCAGAGACCCGAGUGGGGCUGAGGAAGGCGAUCGGAGUAGCGGAAUUCGAGGAGUUUUUCCGGCGGCAUCACCCGAAAGGGAGAGAGUACAAAGAGGGGGGGGAUCCAGUGGUGGCGAGCGCAUACAAAGAGGCGGUACGGAAAAUAAAGGAAAACACGUGGAAGCUAACAAAGAGGCAGUUAGGGAAGAUCGGACGGCUGAGAAGAGCGGGGUGGGACCUGAAAAGAGUGGACGCGACAGCGGCGGUUGUGGCGGUGCUGGGGUCGGAAGCGGCGGAGAAACGGUCAGAAAUAUGGGAGGCAGAGGUAGUGGAAGCAAGCGUAAAGAUUGUGAAGAGGUUCAUUGCGUAGUAGGUUUUGCAGCUUUUUCCAGCUAUGGCAGUUACUAUUUCUUUUUUUGUUCCA